AUGCUUUUCAAAACAUUAUCCAAUAUUUCAUCGAUCAACCAAUUCUCAUCAUCAAUUGGUCAAUCAUUUAAUUCAAAUACAAUGAUCAAUAAUAGUAAUAAUAGUUCACAUCAAUCAAUGAUGAAUAUCAAUCAAACAUCAGCAUUCUCUCGUCCAUAUUGGUGCAAAUGGUAA